AAGCACGUAGCACUGGUCUAUUCAGUCAAGUGUGCUGGUUCAACUCUCAUCGUUAUGAUGGUUCAGUGUUUUGCUGUUUUGUUGAUUCUCUGUAUUUCUGGGGGAUCACUGGGAACAACAACUUCACCUCAGCAACAAAACACCGAAAAUUUAAAAGACUUAUGCGAGGUAUGAAAUAACUAUUCUGCUAUUGCAGACAUUUUUGGGUCAUUUCUAAGGCAGUGGGUGAAAAAACAUUGCAUUGCAUGAAAACGGUUUGCUACGAAGUAUAUACUAACAGAAUCUAAAGCUUCCUUUUUCAUAGCCUGCAGUGCUCUCUCUGUGCUUUAUGGAUUUUUUAGUUGACGUUUGUGUUGAUAUUUGUCCAAAUUUUGGUCUCACGUCUCAUUUGUAAUAAGACCUACCUUUUAAACAACUUAUUUCUCAGUUUCUCGAUAAAAGACGGGUAUCGUUAGCCGGUCGUAUGAUAUCAAUAGAAUUAAGGAUAGUGCUGUGCUUUUUUCAACGACGGGAUUUAUUAUUAUUAUUAUUAUUAUUACUAUUAUUAUUAUUAGCGGAGCUCCCGCGCGCGAAGCGCGCGCGGCGGAGCACCAUGGGUAAGAAAAUUUGGUAAACUAUCCAUCCCAGAAAAUUUGGUUUUGACGUAGCGUACGCCCGUUCGUACACACACUUCAUGUAAGCCGAUGUCAAAUGUCACAAUAGAUCUUGCACAACUUGACUAGCCUCUUAGUUAUGUAAGCCAUCCGUAUGAGUACGAUUAGAUUGACAGCUGUCAAAAUCAGACAUCCGCUAACAAUUAUCACAUGACCGUCUCGCGGGCUUAGAUAAAAGACCAGUCGUUUUGCCCCUAUAUAUAAGCUGAUAUAAUAUGUCACACUUACCAAUUCAACAUAAAAACGAAACUACGCCGGGCAAGGCUGUCAGUUGGCUGACAGUCGUUUAAAGUUAACUUGGCAAGCCAGAUUAAGGUCAAUUGACAGCUGUCAGAAUGGGACAUGUGCAGACCGCUAUCAGAAAACUAAUAACGAGGGCUCAGGUUCGCUCAGGUACACGAUCUGGCAUUUUCCACUACAUGCCGGCCGGAAAUGUCCUACUCACACUCCUAGUCUGUGAAUUCGAAUAUUCGCCAUUGUAAUGAAGGUUAAUUGACAGCUGUCAAACUAGAGGAUACGCUGACCAUCAUCACCUGAGUGGAUCGCAGGCUCACUUUUCUAUCUAUUGAGGUCACGUAGUGUUUAAAGUUUUGCGCUAAUAUUUUAUUUGAUCACGGGCUCAAUUCGAAGCCCCAUAGCUUUAUAGAAUUUUUAUCCAUCCUAGAAAAUUCGGCAAUCAUGUGACCGUACUCUGACCACCCAACCUUCCGCCCGUCCGCACCACAGGCAUACCAAUGUUUAAUCUCACACUUUCUAGCUAGUUUGGGAGCCUGCAACCUGAUAUUGUACAUCCAUGUUUUGAUUAAUUGACAGCUGUCAAAACAGUGUUUCUGCUGACCAGUAUCGCCUGACCGUAUCGCGGGCUCAGGUAUCGACCCUCUGAGUUCGAGUAAUAUUUUGAAGGUAUUCGCUGACAAGUUGCUACUUUUCAAAUGAUCGCAGGCUCAAGUUCAAUUUUUUUAAAAUGCAUAUGAAAUAGGUCGUGUUUCAUGAGCCGCACUUUUAAAAUGUUGAUUUCGAACUGAUCUCGGACACGAAAAUUCAACCGGUUUUUACAUUUACAGGCAGGGAAGGCAAUCGCUUUUGACUUUUCUCACUGUCACGCGUUGAUCACGCUCUACGUCCAAUUUUUUUGUUCUGAUUGGUCAAAAUUUGACAGGUGAGUUUAUGCGGAAAAUUUUUGCAGCGUCUGGAAACUUGCUUACUGAUAGCUGGAGCUGAGAGAGUUUUGUGUCAUCUUGUGAUGUUUUAAAAUGUCUUUUUCUACUUGGUGUACAAAAUGAAAUGCAGCUGCUAUCAAGAUUGUUCUGUAAUUCGUCGCUGGUUUGUUUAUUGCGCUUUUUGUUGACAAAUGCACCGCUUGUCAAAGUCAUUGGAAAUCCGAUUUCGGAUGGCAUCGUUUUCAAAAAUGAGCUUACUCACUUGCCCUUACUUGAGGCGUAAGAAGGUUGAAAAGUCUCAAGCGAUUCUGGAACACUUGAUGACCUUCAGAAGCAGCAUCUCGACUGGUAAGCUUGAGCCAUUAUUGUUUUUGAUGUUUUUCUUUUUUUUUUCGGUUUCCUGAAGUCGAGCGUAUGGUUUAUGCCGCUUAAGUUAAAACACGAGCAAUGAUCUAACCUAAAAUAGUAUCAGGUUUAAAAAGCCUUUAGACAUUUUUUGACCCGCAAAUUCAAAGAAAAGGUUCCGACGAUUAUUUAGUUAUGAUUUUGGCUGUAAACAGAAAGCUCUGAGCGAUUUUCUUGCCUCGAGUUCAUCUUGAAAAAGAGCGAACACCGGGAAGCCGGCUUAAAACAUAAAUAAGCUUAUGCUUGCCUGACUCAUGAUUUUCUGAGACACCUUACUCUCAAUACUUCUCUUCGUGAAUGAAAAUUAUUGUCUCUGUACAUGUUUCACCGAAUUAAACUUAUUUUAUUGAUUUUUAGUAGUCCCUCUCGCAAUUUUCAUCGCUCCACCGGUUGUUUCCAGUCGAACAUAAACAUCGCAUGUAGGAAUACUCAAAACGCCGCGUGUAUUAAAAUAUCACUCGCUUUUAAAGAUUACACAUAACAAAAUCAUACACAGUUUAAUGAAUAAAGGGAAAUAAACCCUAAACAUAACAAUUUCUCUAUCAUGUUGAAGCGUAAAUGGUAACUUUGUUAAUCGCACUGCAAAUUUGGUGCUUGUCAAAAGUGAGAACCCGUCCGGCUGGCCGAAAAGUGAUUUUGGGAAUUUUUUUUAACGUUUUCAUUGAAAGCCCAUAAUUAUUACCCCGCAUAUCACAUAGGACCAGAUUUUUCUAACAGAAAACGUUUUAUAAUUCAAUGCUAUAAUUUGUUGUGCCAAGGAAGCGCGUGCUCUGAUCGUCGUGGAUACUGAAUGAGUGCAAAUUCUCUUGCAAAAUUGUGAAAAACUGCAGAAUUAUAGGUUUAAAUAGGGGCAAAAAAGAACAAAUUCUGUCCGAGGUCUGUGUACUGUUUACCUAAGACGUGAUGAGAAAAAGUAUGUUUAAAAGGCUGGUUUACACGCCACCAGAUUCGUCGCCAAGAUUUACUAGUAAACUAAAUAAACUUGUCGAACACAAAAAAUCCGGCCUGAUUUUUAUUUUGGCCUCUCUUUUAGACAGAGGAAUGCAACGUGUAAAUUGGCGGCCAUCAAGGACUAUCGUGGCGCAUGUGUUUCUUAAAAUUAUAUUUCGGGGCUGUCCAAUUAUCCAUAGUCUCUCUAACGGAGCAAUGUUGGAGAGACUGGUGAAUGCCACAUUAUGAUGCUACAGCUAAUGCAAAUACAAUACACGAAUAGGUCUAUUUGUUUUCCAGGCCUAAUCGACUGUGAUGGAACAUGAUUGCUAUUUUUCGGUGUACAAAUAACUUGAUGUAAAAUUUGUUUCACUCUUGGACGGUCAAAUUCUGAUUUUUCUCUAAAAUCACUCAGCCUUUGCCUCAAAAGUCAAGUGAAUGUGCCCUGCCUGAUCUGUGGAUUACCAGUUUAUUGUUUGAUUUAAAUUAUGAAUUUAUUAACGGGAGCUUCGCUUUUAGCCCUGGCUAAAUCUAUAUAUUAUUAUUAUUCUCAUUCGUAUAAAAGCCGGCGCGUGACGAUUUAAUCAACUGAAUUACUGCGUGCUCCCUCGGGAAGCAGUCUAUUGGUCCUUUACGGUCCCCAGGGAAAUUCCCUAGGCCUUUUAUACGCCCUAGCAAACAAAUUCACCGUCUUCUCGCAAGUCUACUCUACAACGGGCAAGCAAGUUUCAUUCUUCCGCAACGCGACCAGCGCCGCUGAAGCUCUUUCAUGGCUCUCGUCCCUUUUUAACCAGACCCAGCUGAUGCGGUAGCUAUUGCUUCGACAGAACCUCAACCAGCACCAACACCAUCCACCUAAGUAUCAUGUUUUAAUUUCUCGCUUCCCCCUUUUCUUGUCAAUUUGUCACAUACGUGGCGUUUAUCUUUUUCACCAUUCUGUUCUGGAGUUUGUUUACGUUAGCGCUUUUAGGCGUCUGUGCGACGUACCAGAGGUAAGGCGACCCUUAUUUGAUUAUUGUCGCGUCUUUUUCGUUUGUUACAGUAGAACGAAAACGAGCCGGAACAUAUUUACGUUGGCGCUUCAUGGCGUCUGUGAAACGUAAAGGAGAAUCUCAACAGUGCAGUUCAUUUGAAUGUAUUUAAUUACGUUGGCGCCCUUCGGCGUCUGUGACACGUAUAAUGAAGAGAAAGACAUUACGUUGACGCUUCUUAGCGUUUGUGAAACGUAAAGGAGGAUCCUAGCAGCUCUACUCAGUGGCAUGUUUUUAAUCAGUUACGUUGGCGCCUUUUGGCGUCUGUGAAACGUACAAUCAAGGGAUAGACAUUACGUUGACGCUUCUUAGCGUUUGUGAAACGUAAACGAAGAUCUCACCAACGCAGUUCGGUGGCAUGUUAUUAAUUUCGUUGGUGCCCUUUAACGUCUGUGAAACGUACAAUGACGAACAGACAUCUUUGGCUUUACUUCGCGACCGUCCAUCGUACAUUUGUCUACAGUCUUUGAUGCUUUAUGGCAUUUUACGUGUAUGUAUUGAAAGAUUUUAGAAUAAGGUGGCCAGUUGUUUAUUUUUUUCCCGUUCGUUUCCUACUCAUUGUAUUGUCAACAUUUUGUAUAAUUUCUGCACAUUGCAUUGUCAGCAUACUCCGUGCCCCCUCGCAGCUGUUCCCUUGAGACGUCUCACUUUUUAUAUUGUGUUUAUUCUUCUUCACCUAUUACACUUGUGAUCUUAGAGGUCACAUAAUAUAGCAGAAACAGAAGGUGACGUAACUCCUAGAUAUCAGUAACCGCAUUCUCUUUACUCUAGCGUACAGCCUUAAUGAAUUUGCACGAGUUUCCUUGUAUAUUAUAUUUUUCUUUGGCUUUUGCUUCCUAUAUUUCCUUACCCCACACUUGAGUCUUGCUCAGGGGGGGUUCCUAAACACACCCCUCAUCCAGUCUUCGGACGGUGUCCUGACUCGACUCAACUGUGGGGUUCCCUCCCAGCCUCCCUCUUUCGUAGGGUCUUUCCUUCUUUUUAUCUCCUCCCAUUCGGAUUUCUCUAACCAGGUUACACAUGCUGGUAGCCACCCUUCAGCUUUCCUUUAGCGUAUCCGGGAGGGCAGGCCCCACAGUUGGGCCGGGCCACUCCCCUCAACUGAAUCCGUCACAUCUGGGAGGCAUUUCGCCAACACUGCCCAUCUCUCUAAGGGAGUUUUUCUGGGUUUUUCUGAGUUUCGGGGAGAUUUGACUGUAGUGCAAGUUAAUGAGGUAUUCUGCAAUAAUUUACCGUCUUUUGGAUGAGUCUAUAGCACCCCUGGUGUCGGGCAAAAUUUUUCACCCAUAACUUAUCCAUCAAAAGGUAUAAGGUGGCUUUUAUGCGAAUGUGAAUUAGUUACUAUUCUCAUUCGUAUAAAAGCCGGCGCGUGACGAUUUAAUCAACUGAAUUACUGCGUGCUCCCUCGGGAAGCAGUCUAUUGGUCCUUUACGGUCCCCAGGGAAAUUCCCUAGGCCUUUUAUACGCCCUAGCAAACAAAUUCACCGUCUUCUCGCAAGUCUACUCUACAACGGGCAAGCAAGUUUCCCCACCCUCCUCCCCUUCAGCGGCGCUGGCUAAUUUUCUCUAUCAGCCCACCUUCUGCCUUAUGCAAAAUUUUUCACCCAUAACUUAUCCAUCAAAAGGCAUAAGGUGGCUUUUAUGCGAAUGUGAAUUAGUUACUAUUAUCAUUAUUUACCCAGGAGUUUAGUCGCCGUCGUACAAGCCAUUUGAACCGAUCACUUUCUCUAUAUAUACACAUAACAGUAGCACUUACUUAAAUAAGCCUGUGAUACAAAAUUCGUCUUAAUUUCAGAAAUCUAUACUGGGUCAUGGUUUUCCGGUCAUUCCAGGGUCAAAUGGCAUGCCGGGAGUGCCGGGCGUCCCGGGGCCACAAGGACCCCUGGGAAGGGAAGGUGUAAAAGGACAAAUCGGUGAUAAAGGAUCACAAGGAAUGCCGGGUCCAAGAGGAGACCGAGGGCGCGAAGGACCUCCCGGGAAGAGCGGACCCGGAGGAACGAAAGGCGUAAAAGGUGAAACGGGACUUGUGGGAAUGAAAGGAGAGCAAGGCAUUGUGGGAAAUCAAGGAAGAAAAGGAGACAAAGGAGAGAAAGGAGAAGGCGCCAAAGCAAGUCAAGCAAGUGUAGUACCACAAACCAACUGGAAACAAUGUGUCUGGAAAUCAAACAUCCCUACUGAUAACGGGAAGAUAAAGGUAAGCGAGAAAUAUGCUAAAUAAUUGGCAUAAAUCACAAGAAAAGUACACGAUCUUAUUCCAUAGAAAAAGGUAGAAAAUUUAAGAUUUUGCUGAAAUUAAACUGGAGUCAAAUAAAUAGCUCUGAGAAGAUAAAUCUCCUUCCCCUUCCCGUAAUCAUCACUCCGUUUAACCUCCUAUUCAGUUGAUAAUUAUUUCCUUUCCCACUUAGUAUUACAAUAAUAGAGGCGUAACUAAAUAGAUUUUGAUUGUUUUCCAGGAUUGUGCUUUUAACAAAUUUAAGUCUGGUUCAGCGCUCAAAGUCUCGUUCCAGGGAAACAUGUGGGCCCAGGGUGAUAAUCAGUGUAAUCGCUGGUAUUUCAAGUUCAAUGGAAACGAAUGUUGUGGACCAAUGACGAUUGAGGCUGCUGUUUACAACGACUGGACAUCAGGGAACCCUGAUCUGCUGCAUCAUCGGUCCUUUGAGGGAUACUGUGAAAACAUUCCACAAGGCGCAGUUAGAGUGGAAUUAUGGGUAGGAAAGUGUAGUAGUGGCAGCACCUUGGGUGGUGCUUACACCGGAUGGGAGUCAGUGUCCCGGAUAAUGAUUGAAGAAGUAUCUAGGCCCCAGUCAUAG